ACACUAUAAAUACCACCUCCAAACGCUAGGGUUUCUCUCUGCUCUCUUCCCCCUCUUCAGAUCUCCAAGCUCCAACUCAUCAUCAUCAGCAAUGAUUAUUACGAAGAAGAACCGCGAUGAGAUCUGCAAGUACCUCUUCCAAGAGGGGGUUUUGUAUGCAAAGAAAGACUAUAACCUCGCGAAGCACCCAUUGAUCGAUGUGCCAAACCUGCAGGUAAUCAAAUUGAUGCAGAGUUUUAAAUCUCGGGAGUACGUGAGAGAGACAUUCUCAUGGGAACACUAUUAUUGGUUCCUUACUAAUGAUGGGAUCGAGCAUCUUCGAACUUAUUUGAAUCUUCCAUCUGAAAUCGUUCCUGCUACAUUGAAGAAGGCUCAGAAGGGGCCACCGAGGCCUUUUGGAUCUGGGCCUCCUGGUGAUCGCCCAAGGGGUUCACGCUUUGAAGGUGAGAGGAGGUUUGGAGAUAGGGACGGGUACAGAGGAGGUCCUCGAGGCGGCGGUGAUUUUGGUGGUGACAAAGGCGGAGCUCCUGCUGAGUACAAUCCCUCGUUUAGGGGUUCUGGUGGUAGACCUGGGUUUGGCCGUGGCGGCGGCGGUUUUGGUGGUCCUGCACCAUCUAUGGAGUAGAUUUACCUACUGCAUGUCAUAUGCAUUUCUCCAAAAUUUUGUAUUAGGAUCUUCUUUUAUUUUUGGAAGAAUUAAUGUUUGCCCUAUUCUGCAAACUUGUUUGCUUAAUGUUUUCGCCAUCUUUGACUUUCUCAGUUUUGUAGCUCAUCCUCUGUUGAUGGAUGCCUUCUUUUGCUAUUGCUAGUGAGGUAUGGCGUCCAAAAUGAGUAUCAAGCUGACAUUCAUCCAAUUUGUUUCUUCUCCCAAAUCCUUUUGGCGUUUGAUAGUCUAAUUUAGAGAUCCAGCAUUAGCUUAUA